AUGGGUGAGAUAAAUAAAGAAGAUGUUGCAAAAUAUCUGGAGAACAACCCACAAUUUGCCAAGGAGUUUUAUGAUAGAAAACUUCGUCCAGAAGCGAUAAGAAACCUCUUCAGAGUCAACUCUGAGGGUGUGAAGGAGGGAGUCUCCUUCAAAGAGAUGACCAAGCUAGAAGAAUGUGAGAUACUUUUGGAAUUGCUUUUGGAAAUCCAGGAAGAUGCAACCAGUAUGGAAAAGACUGCACAUAAAAUCCUGCAAAGGUUGGCACAGUUACUAGCAGCAGACAGGUGUAGCAUGUUUAUUUGCCGUUCCCGCAAUGGUAUUCCAGAGUUAGCUAGCAGACUCUUAGAUAUCACCCCUACUUCCAAAUAUGAGGACAACUUGGUACCUCCUGAAAGAGAAAUUGUUUUUCCUUUGGACAUUGGGAUAGUAGGUUGGACUGCUCAUACAAAGAAAUCAUUUAACAUACCGGAUGUAAAGAAGAAUAAUCACUUUUCUGACUUUGUGGAUAAGCAAACUGGCUAUACCACCAUCAAUAUGCUCACUAUUCCUGUUGCGCAAGGCAAGGAAGUUCUCGCUGUUUUCAUGGCACUUAAUAAACAAAAUGCCCCUGAGUUCUCUAAAGAGGAUGAAGAUGUCUUUAGUAAAUAUGUUCAUUUUCUUUCACUUGCUUUAAAACAACACCACACUGCAUACCUGUAUAACAUUGAAUCUAGAAAGAGCCAGAUACUUUUAUGGUCUGCCAACAAAGUAUUUGAAGAACUUACAGAUAUUGAGCGACAGUUUCACAAAGCCAUGUACACUAUUCGACAAUAUUUAAAUUGCGAAAGAUAUUCCAUUGGUCUGCUGGACAUGACCAAAGAGAAGGAAUUUUAUGAUGAAUGGCCAAUUAAACUGGGAGAAGUAGAGCCUUACAAAGGACCAAAGACCCCUGAUGGUCGGGAAGUUAACUUUUAUAAGAUAAUUGAUUAUAUUCUACAUGGAGAAGAACAAAUCCAAGUAAUUCCGACACCUCCUGCAGAUCACUGGUGUCUUGCGAGUGGCUUACCAACAUAUGUUGCUGUAAAUGGAUUUAUUUGUAAUAUGAUGAAUGCACCAGCAGAUGAAUAUUUCACUUUUCAGAAAGAAGCUUUUGAUGAGACAGGCUGGACCAUAAAAAAUGUCUUAUCCUUACCUAUUGUAAACAAAAAAGAAGAAAUUGUAGGUAUAGCUACAUUUUACAACAGGAAAGAUGGCAAACCCUUCGAUGAAUAUGAUGAGCAGAUUACUGAAAUGCUUACACAGUUCCUUGGAUGGUCAGUUUUAAAUACUGACACAUAUGACAAAAUGAAUAAGCUUGAAAAUCGGAAAGACAUUGCUCAGGAAAUGCUCAUGUAUCACACAAAAGCAACAACUGAAGAAAUUAAAACCAUACUGAAAUGCAAAGAAAAACUGAAUCAAGAUAAUAUUGAAGACUGUGAUGAGAAAGAGCUUAUUAAAACUCUAACAGAGGAAUUGCCUGAUCCAAAGAAUGCUGAGCUUUAUGAAUUUCACUUCAGUGACUUCCCUGUUACAGAUCAUGACUUGAUCAAGUGUGGGAUACAAUUGUUCUUUCAGAUAAAUGUUGUAGAAAAGUUCAAGGUGCCAGUAGAGGUACUCACAAGAUGGAUGUAUACAAUCAGAAAAGGGUAUCGCGACAUCACUUACCACAACUGGCGGCAUGGAUUUAAUGUCGGACAGACCAUGUUUGCUCUUUUAAUGACCGGUAGGUUAAAGAAAUAUUACACUGACCUAGAAGCCUUUGCUCUGGUAGCUGCAGCUUUCUGCCAUGAUAUUGAUCACAGAGGAACCAACAACUUGUAUCAAAUGAAGUCAGCAGCUCCACUGGCAAGGCUCCAUGGCUCUUCCAUUUUAGAACGGCACCAUCUAGAGUACAGUAAAACACUGCUACAAGAUGAGAGUUUAAACAUCUUCCAAAAUCUAAAUAAACGCCAGUAUGAAGCUGUUUUACAUAUAUUUGAAGUUGCAAUCAUAGCGACUGACUUGGCUCUGUAUUUCAAGAAAAGAACUAUGUUUCAAAAAAUAGUGGAUGCCACUGAAAAAAUACAAGAUGACAAUGACGCGAUUAAAUAUGUAUCUAUGGACCCAACCAAAAAAGAAGUAAUCAUGGCGAUGAUGAUGACUGGUUGUGACCUUUCUGCCAUCACUAAACCUUGGGAGGUACAAAGUAAGGUUGCCUUCAUGGUUGCAAAUGAAUUCUGGGAGCAAGGUGAUCUUGAACGAACUGUCUUACAGCAACAGCCAAUUCCUUUGAUGGAUAGGAGCAAGAGGGAUGAAUUACCCAAGCUUCAAGUUGGUUUCAUUGAUUUUGUAUGUACCUUUGUGUAUAAGGAAUUCUCAAGGUUCCAUAAAGAAAUUACACCUAUGUUUGAUGGCCUUCAAAACAAUCGAAUGGAAUGGAAAUCACAAGCUGAAAUUUAUGACGAGAAGAUAAAAGCUAUUGAAGAAAAGAAAAAGCAAGAAGAAGAGGUCAAGAAAGUGGAAAAAGUUGGAAGUGGAGAAACAACAGAAGGCAAAUCAAAGACAUGUAGAAUUGUAUAA